AUGGAUGUUUUACUCAUGGACUAUCUAUCAUUUGGUGCCUUUCAGCAACUGGACUGCCUUGCACUCAGACGUUUCCCCCUCAGCAGCCUCCCUCCACUGAAAGGUUCAGGAAUUCAUAAUGUGGUCUUUCUCUGCAGUACUGAACUGUCCAAAGUCCUAUCAAGACUCAGAGAACUGCUGACUGUCUUCAGUCCUGGACUGAUCAGCCAACUCUCAGAUGAAACAGAAUCGUACUCCCCUCAGCUACUUCCACACAGCACCUUGGUGGAGCAGGCAAAGGAAGUUUCCCUCUAUCUACGUUCAAACAAGGACAUUGAUGUGAAUCAAGACUGGAAGUUGGUGCUUCUCUUUAUCCAGGUGGAUCAGCUGUGUGCCUGCGAGCAGCAGCAGGUACUAUCAGAUAUCAAAAAAGUGGUUGAAGACGUGGAUGAGGCUCUGCAGCUGAUGCACACUCAGGAAUCCUUGGAUGAGCUCAUGGUACAAAAGCAUUGGUACCGCGACAGAGAUGACUUCACCGUCACUCUGCAGGACACACCUUUUAUCAGAGACCCUCCAUCUGUUGCUAAUGGAAAGCCUCUCUCUGAGUUCGAAGAGUUAAAGCGCAUUGAUGAUCUGAUGGUGCAGAUGUGGACAAAUCUGCUGCAGCCCACAGAUGACCAACAUAAAACAGCAGACAAUAGAAAUAUUAUCACAUUGCCAUGUCCAACAGAGGACCAACCCUUCUUGCGGACAGAGGGAAAUUCUCCUUCAUAUCAUCACAGCGAAGUCUCUGUUCUUUCUCAGGCAUUGCCAGGGACAGAUAUGCCCUGUGAGGACCUUGGUCCCUCUGCCUCCACACCCACUUCAGUCCAUGAACUCAGGCCUGGAGAUAUCAAAGUAGUGGCUGCUGUGGGAGAUUCAUUGACAGCUGGGAACGGUAUUGCUUCCAGCCCAAACAACAUCCUGGAUGUCCUGCGUCAGUACAGAGGUUUAUCCUGGAGCAUUGGUGGUGAUGAAAACCUUACAACUGUCACCACCCUGCCCAACAUUUUGAAACAUUUCAACCACAACCUGACGGGUUACUCGGUUGGUGUGGGGAAGCAAGACACUCCUCAAGCUUUCCUCAACCAGGCUGUAGCAGGAGCAAAGAGCAAGGAUGUACCAUCACAGGUGCAAGCCUUAGUGGCAAGGAUGAAAAAUGACCCUAGAAUCAACUUUGAAUCAGACUGGAAGUUGAUCACCGUUUUUAUUGGUGGAAAUGACGCCUGUGAGCACUGCCGCAACUCUCUGCUGUUCUCUGUAGAAAAUUAUAUCCGCAAUGUUCAAGAAAGCCUGGAUUUUCUUCACAAGGAGGUCCCUCGGGCUCUGGUGAACCUUGUAGAGUCUAUCCAUAUAUCACCGCUAAGAGAAAUGCACAUUGAGACAUCACUUAAAUGCCCAACUUGGUUAGUAAAUAUUCUGUGUCCCUGUGUUGUUUUGCCAAAGCCCAACUCUGAGGCUCUUCUUAAUUUGGAGAACAUCAACAAAGGCUAUCAGCACGCACUGCAUGAGAUUGUCGAGUCAGGCCGAUAUGAUACUCGCUCAGACUUCACUGUUGUCAUACAACCGUUCUUCAGAGAAAUUGUCGUCCCCAGACAGCCGGAUGGCCGUCCUGAUCGCUCUUUCUUCAGUGCUGACUGCUUCCACCUCAGCCUCAAGGCCCAGACCCUCAUGGCUCGCUCCCUUUGGAACAACAUGCUGGAGCCUGUUGGCAAUAAAACCGCCAAACAGGUGUUUAACACAUCUGCAACUCUGAAAUGUCCAACAAAAACAUCACCUUUUAUUCGGACCUACAACAACAGUAACUACAUCUAUUCUGGCCCCUCCCCAACUCCUGGACCCAUUACAAACUGGGGAAGUGACUUCUCUUGUGGGAAUGUUUCUCCAUCAGACAUUGAGCCAACUUCAGUUCACAAGCUGAGACCGUCAGACAUUCAGGUGGUGGCAGCGCUGGGUGACUCUAUAACAGCGGGAACUGGUGCAAAAUCAAAUAACCUGCUUGAGCUUAAUCAAGAUUAUGGAGGAGUGUCCUGGAGCAUUGGAGGGGAUCAAAGUCUGGAUACUGUCACCACUCUGCCAAACAUCCUGAUGAAGUUCAACCCCUUCUUAAAGGGUGUAUCCAAAGGUCAGGGGUCAAGACAGAAGGGCUUCAACAUGGCUGUUCCUGGAGCAAAGAUCUCAGAACUUCCUGCACAAGUCCAAACUCUUAUCAAUGCCAUGAAAGAAAAUAAGGAAGUCAAUUUUGAAAAGGACUGGAAACUUGUGACAAUAUUCAUUGGGGGAAAUGAUCUUUGCAGUUACUGCUUGGACCAAAAUAAUCUGUCACCUAAGAACUACAGUCACAAUCUUCAACUCAGCUUGGACAUGCUCUCCAAAGAGAUACCGAGACUGUUGGUAAAUGUUGUCGAGAUAAUGCAGAUAAAUUGGUUGAAAUCUGUCCAGAGGAACACACUGGGCUGUUCACUUCUGCAGAGGAUCAGCUGUCCAUGUGUUAUCAACCCAACAGAAAACUCUCCAGAGUUUGAAGAAAUCCGGCAAAUUAAUUAUGAGUACCAGACUGAGCUCAAUCAUCUUAUUUCAGGAGAUCGCUAUGAUAGAAAAGAAGACUUUGCUGUUGUACUUCAACCAUUUUUACACAAUUCUUUCAUCCCUCAAAUUGGGGUGGGUGAGCCGGACCCAAGUUUCUUCUCUGUUGACUGCUUCCACAUAAGUGAGCGAGCUCAUGCUGAGAUGGCCAUCGCGCUGUGGAACAACAUGUUGGAGCCUGUUGGCAAGAAGCAGACCUACAACAACUUCACAUAUGACCGCUCCAAGAUUCACUGCCCCUCUGAGGCCCGACCCUUCAUCUUCACAAAGAUCAACAGUCUAUCAAGUUUACCUGUAUCCACUAUAGCUCCAAACACAACCACCACCAUCACCAGUCCCAGCACUGUGCCAAAGUCUCCUUCCUCCACUCCAGUAUGGGUGCCAGUAGUUGUGGGAAUUGUGAGUUUGUUAGCUGGGAUUGCUGUCUCCUGGAUCAUCCUGGGUCGCUUUCAGCGUCAGAAAAACAAAAACAGUGGAAAUGUAGCAGAAACGAAGGGAACUGGGUUUUGAUAUCUGUACUCACAGCUGAAAUGAGACAUAAUGAUAUGUCAUUACGAUCUAUUUUUAAUGUUUAUCUUACAUAAAAAAAUGUUGAUGUUUGAUCAUGUUUCAUGCUGUAUACAAUAAAUACUGGAAAGCAGAUUUUUGAAUGUGGUGGCAAAAAUGUCAUUCAUGUUAGAGACUCACAUCUUUCUUGUCAGUAUUGGAAAUAUUGCUUA